GGGAUCAUUCGCCGCUGUGCAUCACGAUGUCGUCUUUAAUAAACCAUAUCAAUAGAGAAAGCUAGAUGUUGCAAGGCAGAGUCGGCGGCCUCAGCAACCGACGGCCAUCUUGCGCCGGAGAUUUCUACGCAAUAGAGGAGGCCUGACUCCCAUCCUUCGCGGGCACCCGCUGAAGCAGCUGUCAUUCAUGAACCGGGAGAGUCGAAGGGCGUCCGGGAAGCCGGCAGAGAGGCGAAACGCUCGUCCCUGUUUCUGGAGGAUCUGAUUGGAGGAAGACACAAGUGCAAAGUUGCUGUCCGCCAUCAUCGUUGUGACCUUGAGGACGCCUUACAUUUUUUGGGGGGGGAUCGAGCGCCGUCUUCAUCAUCGUCAUUUUCGCCAUUAACGCUGUCGCCGCCACGUGCGAGCCGGCUUAAGAAGGACUACGCUACUCAUGCAUCGAUUAAGGACUUGCGCGGCGCGCUUGCGUCCGCUCACCGCCUCGCAGGCGGCUAAAACUGUAGGCCCGCAGCGGCCGAUCACAGCCGCGGCCCCCUCGGGCACAAGAACGUUCGGCCCGAUCAGGUGCUAUGCGGCGCCCGUGGCCUCGGAGCCUUUUCUAAACGGAACUAGUUCCAAUUACGUGGAGGAGAUGUAUUUUGCCUGGCUGGAAAAUCCCAAGAGCGUUCACAAGUCAUGGGAUGUGUUUUUCCGCAACGCUAACGCUGGCGCGGCGCCCGGCGCGGCCUACCAGUCCCCUUUGGGCCUGUCCGCUGUGCCUGAGCUCUCGUCCCUGGUGGGAUCUCAACCCAACGUGGAAAAGCUGGUGGAGGACCACCUGGCCGUGCAGUCCCUCAUACGUGCCUAUCAGAUUCGCGGUCACCAGGUGGCCCAGUUGGACCCGCUCGGCAUCAUGGACGCCGAUCUGGACUCGUGCGUGCCCACUGACAUUAUCACGUCCUCCGACAAACUGGAUGCGGUCAAGGAUCGGCUGAAACUCCUCACGGUCGGAGGUUUCUACGGUCUGGACGAGUCGGACCUAGAGAAGGUCUUCAGGCUUCCCACCACCACCUUCAUCGGCGGUUCCGAGAGCGCUCUACCCUUGAAGGAGAUCAUACGACGACUGGAGAUGGCGUAUUGUCAGCACAUUGGCGUCGAGUUCAUGUUCAUCAAUGACUUGGAACAGUGUCAAUGGAUCCGUCAGAAGUUCGAGACGCCGGGCGUGAUGCAAUUCACCCUGGAAGAGAAGAGGACUCUGCUGGCUCGCAUGGUCCGAUCCACCAGGUUUGAGGAGUUCCUGCAGAAGAAGUGGUCCGCUGAGAAGCGAUUCGGCUUGGAGGGAUGCGAGUCCCUCAUUCCGGCGCUGAAGACCAUCAUCGACAUGUCGUCCGGAAGCGGGGUGGAGUACGUCAUCAUGGGCAUGCCUCACAGGGGUCGUCUUAACGUUUUGGCCAACGUGAUCCGUAAAGAACUGGAGCAGAUCUUUUGUCAGUUUGAUUCCAAAUUGGAGGCGGCGGACGAGGGUUCGGGUGACGUCAAGUACCACCUGGGCAUGUACCACCGUAGGAUCAACCGGGUCACCGACCGCAACAUCACUUUGUCCCUGGUAGCCAACCCUUCGCACCUGGAAGCGGCCGACCCGGUGGUGCAGGGGAAAACCAAGGCAGAGCAGUUCUACUGCGGGGACAAUGACGGAAACCGGGUGAUGUCCAUCCUCAUUCACGGAGACGCGGCGUUCGCCGGUCAGGGAAUCGUGUACGAGACCUUCCAUCUGUCCGACCUGCCUUCCUACACGACGCACGGCACCGUGCACGUGGUCGUCAACAAUCAGAUCGGCUUUACCACGGACCCGCGUAUGGCUCGCUCGUCGCCGUACCCGACAGACGUGGCGCGCGUGGUCAACGCGCCCAUUUUCCACGUGAACGCCGACGACCCCGAGGCCGUCAUCUACGUGUGCAAAGUGGCGGCCGAGUGGCGGGCCACCUUCCACAAGGAUGUGGUGGUGGACCUGGUUUGCUACCGGCGCAUGGGCCACAACGAGAUGGACGAGCCCAUGUUCACGCAGCCGCUCAUGUACAAGCAGAUCAAAAAGCAAAAGCCCGUCCUCCUCAAGUACGCAGAGAAGCUCAUCGCUGACGGAAGCGUCAGCCGGCAGGAGUACGAGGAGGAGAUCGCCAAGUACGAUAGGAUCUGCGAGGAGGCCUACGCUCGUUCCAAGGAUGAGAAGAUCCUUCACAUUAAGCACUGGCUGGACUCGCCGUGGCCCGGUUUCUUCACUCUGGACGGACAGCCAAAGUCCAUGAGUUGCCCCUCGACCGGACUGACCGAGGAAAACCUCAACCACAUUGGACAAGUGGCCUCCUCCGUCCCCGUGGAGGACUUCACCAUCCAUGGAGGUCUGAGCCGUAUCCUGAAGGGUCGUGCGGAGAUGGUUCGUAAGAGGACGGUGGACUGGGCUCUCGGGGAGUACAUGGCCUUUGGGUCGCUGCUGAAGGAAGGCAUCCACGUGCGUCUGUCGGGACAAGACGUGGAGCGAGGGACGUUCAGCCACCGGCAUCACGUCCUCCACGAUCAGAAUGUCGACAAGAGGAUCUGCAUCCCCAUGAAUCAUCUGGCUCCGGACCAGGCACCCUACACCGUCUGCAACAGCUCACUUUCUGAGUACGGCGUCCUUGGCUUCGAGCUGGGUUUCGCCAUGGCUAGUCCCAACGCACUGAUCUUGUGGGAGGCGCAGUUCGGCGAUUUCCACAACACGGCGCAGUGCAUCAUCGACCAGUUCAUUUGCCCCGGCCAGGCCAAGUGGGUCCGGCAGAACGGAAUCGUGCUCCUGCUGCCCCACGGCAUGGAGGGCAUGGGUCCAGAACAUUCUUCCGCUCGCCCAGAAAGGUUCCUCCAGAUGUGCAACGACGACCCCGACGUCAUGCCGAUGUUGACCGAUGAUUUUGCCGUGCGGCAAUUGUACGACUGCAACUGGAUCGUCGUCAACUGCUCCACUCCUGGGAAUUAUUUCCACGUGAUACGCCGACAGAUCCUGCUGCCGUUCAGGAAGCCGCUGAUCGUGUUCACUCCCAAAUCGCUGCUGCGCCACCCAGAGGCCAGGUCCAGUUUUGAUGAGAUGCUGCCAGGAAGCGAGUUUCAGAGGUUGAUCCCCGAGGGCGGCGUUGCGUCCGAGCGUCCCGAGGAGGUCAAGAGGUUAAUCUUCUGCACCGGGAAAGUUUACUACGAGCUCACUAAGGAGAGGAAGAACCGCGAAAUGGACGCCACGGUCGCCAUCGCGCGUAUCGAGCAGUUGUCUCCGUUCCCGUUCGACCAAGUGAAGGCGGAGUCGGCGCGCUUCCCCAACGCCGACCUUGUUUGGUGUCAGGAGGAACACAAGAACCAAGGCUACUACGACUACGUCAAGCCUCGCAUCAGAACCACCAUCCAGCGGGCCAAACCCGUCUGGUAUGCGGGUCGAGAGCCCGCGGCCGCUCCGGCCACGGGCAACAAGAACACUCACCUGCUGGAGCUUCGACGUUUUCUGGACGACGCCUUCGGUCUGGACGCCUUCCAGGACCAACAGUAGAUUUCCCGACCGCGGCAGACGGAAGGAACCCUAUAACGCUCUCCUGUACACACCAAAAGAGCGCAACUCCAAACACGUUUUUUUCUUUUUCUUUUCAGAGUUUGCUCGCUAGCAGUCACUUUCGUCGUUACGACCCAUUAUCGCCGGCGGCGCCUCCUACAGGCCUCCGGUGAAAACACUGAUUUCUGUGCAGUUUUUACUGGUUUUAAAAUGUUUUCUUUUCUCCGUUAUUCCUGCUCGUCAUUCUGGUAAAAGUGUGACGAGUGUCAUUUCGAUCACUUUUUUUCCCCCGUGCUUUUAUGAACGAGCGGUGGGCUUUUUUGCAGUUGCACAAAAAGAAACCGAAUGAGUUCGGUUCGAUCAAAGACUGCAAGGAAGCCAGCCGGAGACAUUUCUUUUUUGUUUGCUCUGCUUCGUUGUCUGGCCGGAGUUUUUUUUUUUUUUUUUUUUUGUGGGGAGCGUCGGUGCCAAAGGAGAGUUGAGCUUUGAUAUAAACCCGCAAAAAGAAAAUCAUGUAUUUAUUUUCCUAGAGGGGAGCUGCAAAGUUGUU